AUGUCUGCAGAUUGGGUGUCAUUGCUGCCAAACAGCCAGUCAGAAGAUGGUUGCUUGGUACAGAGCAAGCACCUCUCUAGUGAGGCUCAAAAUAUUUUAAGCAUACUUGAAAACUGCAUCAGUAAAAUUGAGACUGCAGCAGCUCUGCCUGCUCUCCUCCACCUUAACAGUAAGUCUGAGAUUGCUGACAAGGACUUGAGCAAGGCACUUGAAAAGCAUUGGAUUUUAGUGGAAAGACUGGAGAAACUAGAAAGUCUCAAGCAGGAGUCCGUUGGAGAACAAAUAAGAGAUGCCAGGAAGGGAGGAGAGAAGGAGAGAGCUCAGCUUGGGAAUGAUCUCAAGAACUCUGUCAGGGAUAUUCUCCGUUAUUGCCGAGCCCAUUCAGAUGGCAUUAUUGGCUUGAUGGCAGAACUAGAUAUAAAAAUAGAGGAAAAUGAGUACAAAUUAAUUAAAGGUUUAAAGGUGCUUCAUAGCCACAUGGUAGAAAAGUUUCUGAUCAGCCCGGACGAGGAGCUACAGCUCAUCACAAACCAGAAAGAGUUUUCAUCCUCUGCAAAAGAUCUGGAGAAAAAUAUUUCACUGGAGGAAGAAGAAGUAGCUAAAGCUAUACAGCAAGUAGAUGCUGAGAUUUCCCAGAAAGAGAACACAAUCAAACACUUGGAAAGUUUGCUGCAGGAGUGCAGCCCUCAAGAAGGUGAUGUGUCAGAUGAUAACAUGUCACCUUUUGAAGACAAACAGGUGCAGGCACACAUUCAGGUGUCAAAGCUGAAGCAGGACCGUUUACAGCAGGAAAUUGAUCAACUGAAUAUUCAGCUCAAAAAUGUUAUGCUUGAGAACAGACAGGCUGAGAGAUUACUCCAAGAGAAAAAUGAAAAGAUGCAAGGGAAAAUUGACUCCUUAAUCCAAAAGUUUGACAACGAAAUAGGAGAAAUCCAGGCCAAACUGGAGGUGAAUGAAAAUGCUUAUGAAAUGGAGGACAAUGAGCGGAAGAAGUUUGAGAAACCCUUUUCUACCUUGGAGAUGGAGUACAAUCAGAUCCAGGAGAGGAGGCGGCUGGCUGAAGAGAAGAGACAGGAGGAGAUCAGAGAGCUGGAGUUGAAGACCAAAGCUGCCGUUUUGAUCCAGGCCUGGUGGAGAGGCUACAGCGUUCGCAAGGCCUUAAAGAAUAAGGCCAAAAACAAAAAGGCCAAAAGGGGCAAAGGAAAGGGCAAAGGCAAGAAGACCAAAUAA